AUGAUCUUAGAAGUUUUAUAUUUCUUAGUGAAGACAGACUUCCAGAUUGGAUUAAGAUUAAGGUUGAAGAGGAACAAUGGACAAAAGGAAAAUUACAUUGCUCAAAUUGUGCUUGUAAAGUUGGUUCCUUUGAUUUUGUGGCUGGACGAAAGUAUUUAUGCUGGAAGCGAACAAAGGGCGUACAAUGCUGGAGUUCUAGGAAUUGAUGACAGUAUUCCAGCUACUACAUUCGGAACGGAUCGCUCCGCGCAAUGCGCGAAAGACAGUGCUCAAGACAAGAGGUGGUCGCGCACUAUUCAGCGCUGGCACUCGACGAUGCCAUGCGCGAGCAAAUGGCCAGGGAAUAGGCAUCUAGGGAACGCGAGGCAGCCGCUGAAGGUGGAGUUAUCAGGAAUGAGCACGCCCGUGCGGAAAGGGACCUCCGUGCUGCCAGGGAACUCCGCUCGCAAGCUGCUCGCCUCGCACCCCCUACUGGCAGUAGUGAUCACACCGCGCGAAACUAAAUUUUGUUUUAUUUCCAUCUAA